GCUACGACACCGGAAGCCGGAAGUGUGAAUUUCGGCAGCGGGAGAAGGAAAAGGUGACCGCAGAACCCGGACUUUCUCGGAGCGCCGGGGCCCGAGGAGUGCUCGCGGCUCGCUGUUCCUGCGCUUCUCACGUCGGACCGUCUCUGCUGACAGACCCUGACUUGUUGGAUGAGCAGGCCCCCCUGGAAGAGUCAGCUGUGUGAGAUGGUGCAGCCCAGCGGCGGCCCGGCAGGGGACCAGGACGUGCUGGGUGAAGAGUCUUCUCUGGGGAAGCCAGCUAUGCCCCACCUACCUUCUGAGCAGGGCACUCCUGAGACCUUCCAACGCUGUGUGGAGGAGAAUCAAGAGCUCCGAGAUGCCAUCCGGCAGAGCAACCAGAUGCUUCGGGAGCGCUGUGAGGAGCUGCAGCGUUUCCAAGGCAGCCAGAGGAAGGAGAAGGAGUUCCUCAUGCAGAAAUUCCAGGAAGCCAGGAAACUGGUGGAGAGACUGAGCCUGGAGAAGCUCGACCUGAGGAGACAGAGGGAGCAGGCCCUGCAGGAGGUGGAACAUCUGAAGAGAUGCCAAAAGCAGUUGGCUGAGGACAAGGCGUCAGUGAAAGCCCAGGUGACGUCCUUGCUGGGGGAGCUCCAAGAGAGCCAGAGUCGCUUGGAGGCCGCCAUCAAAGAGCGACAGGCUUUGGAGGGCAGGGCCCGGGCUGCCAGUGAGCAGGCCCGGCAGCUGGAGAGCGAGCGGGAGGCCCUGCAGCAGCAGCAUAGCGUGCAGGUGGACCAGCUGCGCAUGCAGAGCCAGAGCGUGGAGGCCGCGCUGCGCAUGGAGCGCCAGGCCGCCUCGGAGGAGAAGCGGAAGCUGGCGCAGCUACAGGUGGCCUAUCACCAGCUCUUCCAGGAGUACGACAGCCACAUCAAGAGCAGCGUGGUGAGCAGCGAGCGGAACCGAGGACUGCAGCUGGAGGACCUGAAGCAGCAGCUGCAACAGGCCGAGGAGGCCCUGGUGGCCAAGCAGGAAGUGAUUGACAAGCUGAAGGAAGAGGCCGAGCAGCACAAGAUAGUGAUGGAGACUGUUCCGGUGCUAAAAGCCCAGGCGGACAUCUACAAGGCCGACUUCCAGGCCGAGAGGCAGGCCCGGGAGAAGCUGGCCGAGAAGAAGGAGAUUCUGCAGGAGCAGCUGGCCCAGCUGCAGCGGGACUACAGCCGCCUGAAGGCCAGCUGCCAGGAGUCUGCCAGGAUUGAAGAUAUGAGGAAGCGGCACGUGGAGGCCUCCCAGGCCCCCGUAGCCCCUGCCCCAGCUCACCCCUCCUUCCACCUGGCCCUGCCCAACCAGAGGAGAAGCCCCCCCGAGGAGCCGCCUGACUUCUGUUGCCCCAAGUGCCAGUAUCAGGCUCCCGAUAUGGACACCCUGCAGAUACAUGUCAUGGAGUGCAUCGAGUAGGGCCGCCUGCUGACGAGUAGCACGGGGCCGCACGGACACCCAUCACUGGACGUAGGGCCCACCUACAUCAUAUCCACGAUGAGCUCACUUCGAGGUCGUUAUCUUCAUUACAUCCACAGAGACUCUUUUUUCCAGAUAAGGUCGUAAUCACAAAUUCUGGGGAUUAGGACAUGCAUCCAUCUUUUGGGCCACCAUUGAGCCCAGCACAGGGCUGUCUUCUACAGCGCACAGACUAGGACAAAUGGAGUUGAAGCCAGAUGUCUUCAGCGCUGGUGGCUCCGUUGGGGGGGCUCCGUUCCCCGGGAUGAUGGUGGCUGCAGAGGCACGUGACUGGUUGGGUGUGGGGCAGGUCCUUGCAGGUGGGAAUGUCGCUCUUUACGACAUCGUGUGUCCAGCUGGACACUGCGCCAGGGCCGGCAGACACAGGCGGGGAGAGGAGGGGGAGGCUGCGGGACAGAGCCGAGGGAGCGGCCCGCGCCCUGGGCCCCAGCUACCAUUUGGGUAGGGACGGGCUUCCUGCUUUGUCGGGGUAGCGAACACAGGCAUGGGGAGCCCCUCUGUGACCGGCCCUGUCUUCUGAAAGGGAGUUGAGAGGAAGAGGAUGAGACCCGGCAGUAGUGAGAGGCAGAUGUUCGCAUCCCGGGACCUUGCCUCGGGUUCUGGCAGCGUCACCCGCAUGGCCAUGCGCCCGUAUGGCCACUGUACGUUAGACCCCAAGGAUUGAAAGCACACCAUUCACUCAGGAGUGAGGGGCUUCUGCUUUCUUCUCUGGCUUUCCUGAGAUUGGGCUUCUGGAAUAAGUGGUUAGAUCCCUCCUGUGAGGGAAGCGGCCUGUCUACCUAAUUACCGUGCCCCUUGACCCUCACAACCCUGGGUUCGGGAGACAAAGACCGAGCUAGAAGCGCAUCCCGCCGAAACCCGUGUCCUUCCUUGUUGCUCACACUUGACUGUGUGGCUACGUGCUGGUCAGUGCUGAAGAGACAUCCAGGUGACCAAUAAAAUGAGCACAGUAACAAAGCGUUUCUCCUUCACUAGUAACUAAAACACACAGUCAAACUCGACAAAAAGUGAUGUCAAACUGGCAACACAUGAAGACCUUGGGUGUCCUGCGGGCAAAGUGCACGGCCGGCCCCCUGCUGGGGCCUGGUUUGGCAGGCUGGAACCAGCACUUAGGAAGCAGCCUCAGCCUGCGCCACCGGAAGCGGAAGCGACAGCCAGGUGCACACAGCGACUCUGGCAUCGCAGGGGCGCUCGCCGUGCCAUCCUUUGUAGCUGUGCUUGGGGACUGUGUUGUGAACAUCUGGCCACGUGGAACACUCUGUAGCACGUUGAUGUGAAAAAGCCAGUAGACGAGAUUCUGUACAGAGUGUGACCCCAAUAAAAAAGUAACCGCAGCUGGUGCACACCCGGCUACCGUUUGGAUGGGUGUGGGUGGUAGGAUGACCGGUAAUGAAGUUUCUCUUUUUAAA